AAAUUACAGACGCAAACUGAAAGCAGCAUCUCUCGUGUCUGUGUGUCUUGAAGAAGUAAACUGAACCAGAGAAGAAAGUUACAGAGAUGAGAUUUUAAAGGGACAUGAAAAAGGUCUUAGACUACAAGAAAAAACCUUCGAAUAGCUAAAAUAUCAAUGAAGUUUUUACCUGUAUUCUUGCGACUGGGAUUGAGACCUCUUAAAACUGUUUACAUUCCAUCUCGAUUUAAGUUAAAGUAUUUGCGUGAGGGACAAUUAAAUACAAUGAAGCUCGACACACCAAUUUUUCAAAAAUUGUUUACACCGGAACUGCAACGACUAGAAUCUCUCUUUUCUAAAUAUGGGCAUGAAUUAAGAAUAGCAGGCGGUGCAGUGCGUGACUUAUUGAUGGAUAUAGAGCCUCAUGAUGUCGACUUUGCUACGACAGCCACGCCAGAACAGAUGAAAGAAAUGUUCGAAAAGGAGAAAGUGCGAAUGAUAAAUAACAAAGGCGAGAAGCAUGGUACGAUAACAGCACGUAUCAACGACAAGGAAAAUUUUGAAGUAACAACCUUGAGGAUAGAUGUUGUCACAGAUGGUCGUCAUGCAGAAGUGGAAUUUACUCAUGACUGGCAUCUUGAUGCAGGUCGACGUGACCUCACCAUUAAUGCUAUGUUUCUUGGUUUUGAUGGGACUCUUUAUGACUAUUUCAAUGGCAAGGAAGACCUUGAUGCACGGCAUUUGCGCUUUGUUGGGUCACCAUCAGAAAGAAUAUGUGAAGAUUAUCUUCGCAUUCUUCGUUACUUCAGAUUUUAUGGCCGUAUUGCUAAAGGGCCAGACUGCCAUGAAAAAGAUAUUUUGACUGCCAUUGAGGAAAACAAAGGUGGAUUGGCUGGAGUUUCUGGUGAGAGGCUGUGGAUGGAACUGCGCAAGAUUUUGUGUGGACGUUUUAAUGAACCUAUCAUGCAGACAAUGUUGAAGCUGGGCAUUGGCCAAUACAUUGGACUGAGUGAUAAUGUGAAUGUUGAUGAAUUUGCAAGGGUUUGCAUUAACACUUCAAAUAUGGAUCCACUCCCAAUUACAGUUCUGACUGGGCUUUUGUUGUGUGAAGAUGAUGUUCAAAGACUAAACAAACGCUUAAAGAUGUCAAAUGAAGAAACCAGAACUGCAUCCUUUAUUGUGAAACAUCGUGAGGACAAGAUUGACCUAACCACACCCAUGCGAUACUGCAUGGACCUGUACAAUGACACAGUUGGCAAAGAACCUAAAGUGAAAGACAGAAUUAUCGAGCUCUUAAAAUACAAAGGGAAAAAAGACCUGCUUGACCAGUUUGUGGAAUGGAUUCCUCAAAAGUUUCCAGUCACUGGACAUGAUCUCUUCAUGAUGAAUGUCCCUAAAGGACCUGUCUUUGCUAAGGCUCUUCAUGAGCUGAGACAGAUCUGGAAAGGCAGUAAUUACUCCAUGUCAAAAGAAGACCUGUUAAGUCAGCUGCAUGAUGUGCUUAAAAGAAUACAGUAAAGCUGCCUGUCAACUAUCUAUGGAUUGAUCUUAAACAAGGAUUUGUAUUUUGUAUUUAGGGGCUUGGUUACAGCAUGCAGCACUAAGCUUGAGAGCUUAGCAAGAAACCAAGAAAUCAAUUGGUAUUGUAGGCAAGCUAUGGACCAUGUGAACAUUGACUAAGAAGUAGCUUUCAGAGGUAAAUGCCAGCAGACAUGAGGGCUGCACUCUAAGGUAUUGCAUCAUUAGUGAAUCACAGAGUUUGCUCUGUAUAAGAUGUUUAGGAAUAUUCUCUUUACAAUCCCCUAGCCAAAGAUUGAAGUGUGUUUAUGCUUCAGUAGGGUGACCUUACAAUAAAGUGUGAUACAUAUCAUUUUCGUGUUGCAUCUUCUUUGCCAACUAGCCAGAAUGAAAAAUUUAGGGAUUUACAUCCAGAACACUAGACUGAAAUUUUAUUUAUAGAACAGUUAAGGCAAACAAAAUUACUUUAGAUACUUAUGUAAAUAUAAGUAAAAGGGUGACAUACACUUCUCAUGAAAUUAACACCAUCUGAAUUUUGAAGAACAUGUUAAAAAAAUAAUAAUAAAGUUGAGAAAGUUUACUCUACCAUCAGUAGUUUGCUCAUAGUGCUCUUAAAAAAUAAAAGCAAUAAUAAUGGAAGCAGUUCAUUGUGUGCCAGUUUAGCAUAGCUACUCAUGUUGAAGCUGGUGCUGAAGAUGCUUUUCUAUAAGGAUGCAACAGUUCUGCAGGUGUGGCAGUAGAAAUUGUCCAGAAAAAGAAGUGGCACUGACACAGAAAUCAAUCCAGGAAUGUAGCAAAUAGUAUGACAGAUGCACAAAGCAAUGUUAGAAAACUUGACCCAGAUUAAUG